UUAAAGUGUAACCAUCCAUGAAUUUUUGCCAAACAUCACCACGCCGUUCCUGGGUUUUCCCCACAGUCAGCCUCUGCUGCUUUGGAUUUUUCUCAAUGAUGAAACCAUCGGAGCCAUUUGUUGUCCCUUAUUUGGCAGGACCAGAUAAAAAUAUAAGCCUCAGCAUGAUCACAAACGAGAUCCUUCCCAUUUGGACAUACUCUUACCUGGCCCUGCUGCUCCCGGUGUUCAUCCUCACCGAUUACGUCCGCUACAAGCCAGUCAUCAUCCUACAAGGGAUCAGCUUCAUCAUCACCUGGCUGCUGCUUGUAUUUGGUCAAGGACUAAGAGCCAUGCAGGUGCUAGAGUUCUUCUAUGGGAUGGUCUCCGCCACCGAGGUGGCCUACUAUGCCUACAUUUACAGUGUGGUCAGCCCAGAGCAUUACCAGAAAGUGAGUGGCUACUGCAGGAGCAUCACCCUGGUGGCCUACACGGUGGCCUCAGUGCUGGCCCAGCUCCUGGUAUCCCUGGCCAGCCUUUCGUACUUUUAUCUCAACGUCAUAUCCUUGGCCUCCGUCUCUGUGGCCUUUCUUUCCUCACUUUUCCUACCGAUGCCUGAGAAGAGCAUGUUUUUUCAUGGAACACCCAGCAAAGGAGCUCUGCCCAAGUCACCGGGAACACCCAGCAAAGGAGCUCUGCCCAAGUCACCGGGAACAGAUGCUUCCUCAAAGGAACUGCAAAAGGAUCCCAAACCCGUCUGCAAAGGAUUAUUCACCUUUUCAGGGAACCUGGGUGAUGGUCCAUUGAACAAUCCGGAGCCAGGAAAUGUAACGUUGAGAGUUUUUGUGCAGUGGUUCCAAGAUUUGAAGGGUUGCUACUCCUCAAAGCAUCUUUUUUACUGGUCCCUGUGGUGGGCCUUUUCCACAGCAGGUUUUAACCAGGUUUUGAACUAUGUUCAAAUCCUGUGGGAUUACAAGGCGCCAUCCCAGCGCUCUGCAAUCUAUAAUGGAGCAGUAGAAGCCCUUGCAACCUUUGGAGAAAAUGGCAGCAAAAGACAAAGAGCAGUAGGAAAGGGGAAAGGCAGGUCCAGUUAUAUGUUUCUCAUAACGAUAGCAGCAUUUCAGAUCGCUGUCAAUCUCAGUGUGGAACGCUAUGCCCUGGUAUUUGGAAUCAACACCUUCGUUGCCUUGGUGAUCCAGACUGUCAUGACUGUAAUUGUGGUUGACAACCAGGGACUAGGGCUUCCCGUCAACGUACAGUUUUUAAUUUAUGGGAGUUAUUUCUCUGUCAUUGCUGGAAUUUUCCUAAUGAGAAGCAUUUACAUAAUCUAUUCAGCCAAAUGCGCACAGGAAAGAUGUAUUUCUACUACUGACCAGAAUCCACAUGAGCUGCACAACUCAAUUUCCGAGAGGAACACGGUGACACAGUUUUAG